AUGACGACGUUAUAUUAUAGCCUUUGUAGGGCUCUUCUGCGACACAAAUUUUUAUACAACGAUGUUCUAAUACCUAUAUUCGGAACAUUGCAUCCUUAUGGAUUGAAGCAAAUUCUUUUGAAGUAUCAGUGCCUUUUCCCGUACGUUGUGGAUCCUUCUGACGGAAAUCUUCUUCGAUUAGAGCAAAGUAUUCAGAAGGCUGUUUCCAGCGGCGAACAUCCAUCUCUUGCCUUUACUGCUUUGGAGUGGCUUUCCUUCCUAGAUAGACGUCUUUCAUACCUUACAACGGAUGCACUUCACAACGCAAAUUACCGAUUUUCGCUCGGUGAAAUAGCUCAAGUGAAUGGAAGCCAUGACCGAGUGGUGAUUGCGAUUCGUUUUCCUGUUUUGAUGACCGAAAUGUCUGCGGAUGAAACGGAUAUGUUGGGCGCAAUUGAUAAACCGUGGUAUCUGGUUCUUACUCCAUACCCCGAAUCUCGUCAAAGGACGUGUGAAUUAAUAGUGCCCGAGUCAGUUCUGCGUAGUGUGCGCAACCCUUUUGCAGUGGGCUAUCAUCCGCGAUUGCCAGUGUUUUUUGAAGGAUAUGAUAUGAAGAGGGGCAUUUAUCUGCCCCGGAAACCGCUUGGCGAAGACACUAAUAAUCUAAAGCGUCUUUAUGUUUAA